CACAUAGCCGCAUGGCAGGGACGUGUUACAUGAAUAGCUGAAUAAACGAACACGACCUUGCGAACACGGUCCCCGCCGUCCCCGCGUCCCUGCGUACCCGUGUUCCUGUCGGCGUUUUUCCGACUAUCUUUUGACGGGGGAAAGAAAUCCAACAACCCUCCACUAAUCUUAGACCUCUGAUCUAGGAAUCGGUCACCAGUGACUUUCUUUUCAAGUACGAUAGGAGUUCCAAACUUGUCGAACGAUGACGGCAUCGCCCAUGGAGUCAUCGCGCUCCUUCUACAAGUUCGGAGAGCGCGUGCUCAUCGAAGAAGAUCAGUAUCACGAAUUUAAGGCGCACAAGGACCUAUCCAUCGAAGACAUCUCGCAGGUGUGCAAGGACCACCACUCUCGACAGAGCAUUUCCAGAACCAUUUGUGCCUUCCUGAACACGGGAAAAGGAGGCAUUGUGUAUAUGGGCAUCCUGGACAGCGGAGUGGUCAAUGGACUUCACCUCACCAAGUACCAAAAAGACCACAUUUUGCUCAGCCUGGAAAAUGUCCUGACCCGCUACGACCCACCGGUUGCGAAGCAUAUGUACAACCUGCGCUUCGUUCCCGUUAUCCCAGAGGGUGCCACGACACUGCCACCGCAACCCCAGAGCUCAGAACCGGAAGUGAAUGGCAUGGACCGUCAAAGGCCCCACGAAGUUCAGAGUUCACGGUAUUGCUGGUGUGACAACGAGGCGUCUGCACAGAUCAGUGUUGGUGGACAGGUGGGCAAGUAUGUCGUGGAAGUGGAGGUGUUUCCUUGGAGCAGUUCUGACCCCAGGAACAAGCCUCUCAACACCACCAAGAUGGGAAUCCACCCCAUGUUUGAAAACGAAGAGGGCAUAUGCUUCAUUCGGCGGCAAGGUAGCAACAUCAGGUGUACCAUGCAAGACGUGAUCGACAUGACGAGGCAAGAAGUGAAGGCCUAUUACAGUCUACCACCAGAGAUGAGAAAGCCCCUCUGAGCUCCUACUGUGCCUCCACCUCAAGUUAUUCAUUUUAAGAUGUGACAUUUGCACUACCCCCUUUUGACGUAACCCACAUCAGGUUGUGAUGUUUACGCUACCAUCUUUAUGGUCCUGUAAUAAACAUUUUGGUUUCGUUAUGGACUUGGAAUAUGAAGCCUACCUUUUCC